AUGGCCGCGGUUCGCAUCAGCGGCUGCUACGAGCGGGACGGGUCUGAGACGCUGCGGGUCGUGGACAGCAGCAAUGACGUCAUCGAGGCGCAGUGGAGGGAUGAUAGCAGUGUUGAGCGGUCUGCCGAGGAGCAGGAAGAGGAGGAGGAGGAGGAGGACGACGAGGAAAGCCCCGGGCAGCAGGAGCGCCAGCAGCGGAGGCGGGCGCUGCGGAGCCGGCGGGGCGAGCUCGUCGGCUCGGCAGCAGCGGCGGGGCCCGAGGGGGCCGGCGCGCGGGCGAGGGGCGGCGGGCGCUCGGGGGGCGCGAGCGCGGCAGGGAGCAGCACGAGUUGGGGCCAGGCCAACGGGGGCGGCGGCCGCCCAUCAGGUCGGGGCCGCAAACGCGACCGAGCUGGCGGCGGCGGCGGCGGCAGCAGCGGCGAGGGCAGCGGCAGCGAUUGGAAGGGGAGCGGCGGCAGCAGCGGCAGCGGCGGCGAAUCGGCCGCAGAUGACGAGGAUGGCAGCGAUCAAGAAUCCUGGGAGCCCGGGAGACGCGGCUGCGGCGGCCGCGGGCAGGCGCGACCGCGUCGCGGCCGCGGCGGGCGCAGGGCUGCGUCGUCCAUCCACAUGCAGGACGGCCAGGGCCUGGAUUCUGCGGUGCAAGCGGGGUCAGAUGGCGAUUCAGAUUCGGAAGUCCAAUGGGUGCAGUGCGACAGCUGCCAGAAGUGGCGCCGCCUCGCACCCGGCGCCGCGCCGCCGCCCGCCAGCGCGCCCUGGCACUGCUGGCUCGACCCCCGCCCUGCCGUCGCGGCCGCCGGCUGCGGCGCGCCGCAAGAGGCGGACGACGCCGCGGCGGCGGGCGUCGCUUACCGCUCAUGCCCGGGGUUCGUACUGCCUGGAGAAGAGCCCUGUAGCGCCGCCAACGUCGCCCACUUCUCGGCGCUUCUCGCGGCGAGCCCGGCGCUGCGGGACGGGUGGCGGUGCGAGUGGGGUGAGGGGCUGGUGGUGUGGCUGGCGGGGCUCGCGCCGGGGGCGCUGCUGGCGGGGGCGGCCGUGCCGCGGGAGCUGGCAAAGCUGCUGCCCCCAGAGUAUGCCGCCGUGCUGACUCAGAUGUCUUUGGAGCUGGUCCCGCCCCCCAAGGGCCGCCACGGCCGUCAGCAGCAGCAGCAGCAGCGCCGCGUCGGCGGUGGCGGCGGGGCCGGCGCGGCGGCGGCGCGGCACGCCUGGCGGCAGCCGGCCUACCUGUCGGGUUUGGUGUUUGACGGCGCCGCGCUGGCCGAGGCCGCGCGGAGGGGCGCUGAGGCGUCCCGCCGCAUGUACCUGUCUGGUGCGACGCUGGUGGUGGUGCCUGGGACCCUGAUCCCCCACUGGAGGCAGCAGAUACUGCAGCACGUCAAGCAGGGCUUGUUGAGGGUGGCGAUCCUGGACAGCAGCACAGAGGGCGGCGGCACCAGCUACGAGCCAUACGAGCUGGCCUGGAACCAUGACGUCGUGAUCACCACGUUCACCCGCCUGAGCGCGGAGUGGACGGCGGCGCGCAGCGGCCUGGGGAAGCGCCACCUGCUCCUGCAGGUCCACUGGCUGCGCAUCAUUCUGGACGAGGGCCACACCCUGGGGUCACCCAACAUCACCAACAAGCUCUCUAUGGCCUGCGAGCUGGUGGCGGAGCGGCGCUGGGUGAUGACGGGGACGCCCACGCCCGCAACCGCACACGGCAGCGGCGCGGCCCACCUGCAGCCCCUGCUGGCGUUUUUGCGGGAGCGGCCCUACGGCACCAGCCGCGACGCCUGGCUGGCCGGGGUGCAGCGGCCGCUGGAGGCGCGUACCCCCUGGGGGCGGCGGCAGCUGAUGGACCUCCUGCGGCGCGUCAUGAUCAGGCGCGCGGCGCGGGCCAGCAAGGCGGAUUUGGUGACCCUGCCCCCCUGCCACCGCCAGGUGUGCGCCGCCGCGGCCGAGCCUGCGCUCGUCGUGCUGCUGCACUUUGGCCCCGAGCACGCUGCCAGCUACAACGAGCUGGUGGAGGUCAUACGCCGCAACCUGCUGCUUGCAGACUGGUGCGACGACGAACACAGGGAGAGCCUCCUGAGCUCCCGCCAGGCCAAGUGGGCCAAGGAGAUGCUGCGCAACGUGAGGCUGUCCUGCUGCGUGGCGGGGGCGCUCAACCUGGUCGUCAAGGACGACGACGUGUUGGAGACCCUGCAGCUCCUGGCCGGCCGCCUGGAGAUGCCCCGCCCGCGCGGCACCUUGCCUGGCGGCCUCCCCUGGACUGGGGAGCGGCACCCCCAGAGGGGCGCGGGGCUCCCACAGCCCAGCGGCGGGCGCGAGGGGGACGGGGAUGACGAGGGGGACGGCGGCGACGGCGCUGGGGACGGGCGGCGAGGGCGCGACGAGAGGGAUGGCACAGUGUCGGGAGAUGAGGAGGAGCAGCAGCAGCAGCAGGAGCAGGAGGGACCGCGGGAACGGCAGCAGGAGGGGGCAGAGGCGGCGCCGUGGCUCGCGUCUAAUUCCAAUUCCCCCGAGACUAAAUCCCAGAAGCAAUCCGGCGGCGGCGGGGCGCCCGCCGGCGCGCCGUGGGUGGACUGCGAGGUCCGCGGCGGCGAGGUGUUCUAUGUGCCGGCCACCCACCCCCUCAGUGGCAUCGAGAACGCCCUGCGCUAUGGGACCAA